AUGCGACCCGCACUAGCUUUCGCCAUUGCUUCCGUCACUCGGCGCGCAGCUGCGAUUCCAUGCCUUCCUCAAGCCCCUCCACAGAUCGGACUUGAUCCCCUUCACGCCAUGAUCUAUCGUGGCACAAAUGGGUGUGAGGGAUGUUCAGAGUCUGUCCAAGUCUUGCUCGGAUCUGCUUACCCUGGCAUUGAAGUCGUCUUCGCCGGACCAGAUGAGGAUGUCAAGAUCAAUGCCGAGACUCUUCGUCAUAUGGACAUGUUUGUCCAGCCGGGCGGCCCGGACCUGAAAGAAGCAUGGAAAGAGGCAAAACCGUAUGCUUCUGACGUGCGUGACUUCGUUGCGCGUGGUGGCUGGUACAUGGGAUUCUGCCUAGGGGCUUACCUAGCGGGCCCCAAGAAUGGCUUUGGCCUCCUCCCAGAGGGAGACAGGAUCAUGAGAGCAAUUGUAAGGCCACAUUCCCAGGUGCGCGAUUCACAGGACGCAGUAAUUCAAGUCGACUGGUCUUUCACAACUGGACAGAAUCGAGGGACUACCGAACGUAAACGAUGGCUAUAUUUCCAAGAUGGUGCAGCAUUUGUCCUGUCCGAUAAUUCCCCAACGACAGUAAUUGCCCGCUAUUCUCAUAAUGGAGACGUCGCUGCGACAUUGAACGCAUUUGGCAACGGGUGGGUUGCAAAUGUUGACGACCUUGCCGAUGUCGAAAAUCCGGACGGUAUCAAAAGCGACAUUGGUGUUGACUUCGUUAGAGCUACCUUGUAUGCCGCUUCAAAGAAUACUCUCGGUCCAAGAACGAUUAGAUCGCCAGCUUUAAGAGAGCUGAUCGUUGCAGGAAACUUAUAG